UAGAAGCGUCAGACGGGAUGCACUCUGCUAAGCCCCUCAUUGCUCAUUCUCUCCCAUCCCAAGCGUUCAUAUUCGUCGCGCCGACACCGCGACCCCAGCACGCACCACUCCCCUCCCAUCACCUUAUAUCUCCGUCAACCCGAGUAUCGGCAAGAACAGCCAUAGCACCCGUUCCGUCGUUGCAAAAAACAUUGACCAAUCCGGCGCGUCGGUUAUUUCUCAUUUUCUGAAAAGCUACCACUACCCACAGCCGCUAUGGCUACAGCUACAGUCGGUUGCAGAUUAGGAUGGUUCCCGAAGCAGCUUCCCAAGCCUAGUGCCUCGGCACAUAACCCGGUUCUGCUUAGUAAACCGCGAAUCAGAAGCUCUAAUCUAUCCGCGGUUUGCAAAAACGGGAAGAUUAAGGAGCUAGUACCGCGUCGGCUUUAUAACGCGGAUACGAGGACCCGUACCAAGCUUUCGACCAAGUGUAAUGCGCUGUCUGACAACCCUGGCAGCCCUGACGCGCCCACCUCCCUCCCCCAAAUAGGAGAGUUGGAGCUACCUCCCCCCCCCGCCUCCAGCUCUUCCUCGCCUGAUCCAUCUGCUGAUGCUCCCUCUGCAACCUCAGACUCGGCAUCACCAGCAGACUCAGAAGCAGGCUCGGUGUUAGGCUCGGUGCUAGACUCGGACCCGAGCCUGCGGCGCAGUGUGCAGGUGACGUUCACAUGUGGCGUGUGUGGGGCCCGCACCUCAAGGCUUGUCAACCCGCUGGCAUUGAAAAAGGGCACAGUGUUUGUGCAGUGUGGUGGCUGUGAGAAGUUCCAUCGACUAGUGGACAAUCUUGGGCUCAUUGUGGAGUAUGAUUUCCGGAAUGAGAGUGAGAGUGAAAGUGGGAGUGAGAGGGGUUAGUCUUAUGUCCGCAGUGCAACAAGUAUGCACUCUAGUGUAGGGUGUGAUUGAAAGAAGUUCCAUUCAGGAAUGAACGUGAAAAUUGGAGUAAUUCCGUAUUACAGGUUCUAACAUGUAUUUUUGUCACUAAGUAAUAUUUCAG